UUCACACAAAAUUCACGGCAAAAAAAAUAAAGACACACACCGAACGGUGUUUCUGCGGGUAAUAUUCGAGAGAGAGAAAUAUAGAGCAGAGCGACGGAAAGACGGAAGCAGCAGCGAUGGGGUCACGUGAGAAGGACCAUUCGACGCCGCAUCAACCUCUGCUGAGCAGCCUUGUGGUUCGGCCAACUGACAGCGGAGGUGGCGCCGGAGGCGGCGGUGGAGGGGCUGGAGCCACAGGUGCUGGUGGAGCAGGCAGCGACUACGAGCCUGGGGAAGUUCGUCGCGAUGCGCCACCUCCUUACUCCCGCUCCGAUCGCUUCGCUGACGACCAUGGCUAUAGAAUGCGUGCAGGUUCUGUUUCUCCAGUGCGUCAUAGACCAGACAGUCGCUACAGUCCUGAAUUUGAUCACUCAGGUGCUCCUCCUCGCAGCCGAGGUUAUGGUAGUGGGCGAGAUCAUGGUAGAUAUCGAGACUACUCACCAUCGUAUGGUCGCGGAAGGGAUGGUUCUAGGUUCAAUGGAAGAGGUUUUGAUGGGCCUGGAUAUGGUCCAGGUCCCUUUAGAGGUGAAGUUGUGCCCAGAAAUAAUCCAAAUGUUCGCCCAAGAGAAGGAGAUUGGUAUUGCUCUGAAUGUAACAACCUCAACUUUGCGAGGAGGGAGGUGUGUAACAACUGCAAGAGGCCGCGGUAUGCUCCUGCUAGGAGUCCUCCUCGGAGGGGUUAUCCUGCUCCGCCACUUCCCCCUCGACGCUUUCCUGGUCCUUCAUCUGAUCGUUCUCCAGGAAGGAUGAUGAAUGGCUAUCGGUCACCUCCUCGUGGUUGGGCUAGAGAUGAGCCUAGAGAUUUCAGAGCUGGUGGACCUCCUUAUCCUAGACAUGAAGGCAGAUUUCCUGAUCCUAUGUUUCGCAGAGACAGACCAGAUUAUGCAGAAGAUGAUUAUCGUGAGAGAAAUAGGUUUGAUAGACCCAUACCACUGGACUGGGCACACAGAGAUCGUGCAAGGGAUAACCUCUUCAAUGAGAGGAAAGGAUACGAGAGACGACCACCAUCUCCUCUGCCAACAGCACUACCUCCACGUGGCCAGUGGGGUCGUGAUGCUAGGGAGAGAAGUCGUUCUCCACUUAGAGGCGGUGCAGCACCUAAAGAUUAUCGUCGAGAUAUGUACUUAGAGCGAGGUCGAGAUGAUCGGCGUGGUAUGGGGCGUGAUGGAUAUUAGCACGUUAGCUCUUCUUGGUGUUAUUGAUACUUCAGGUUAAACAGAUGUAAUUUACUACUAUCUGGUUAAGUAGAGGCAAUAGCUUUGCGCUUGGAAUUUUAGUACUUUUUCAUGGUUUUUGAUGUAAUUAGGCCCUAGAUUUUUCUCCCCCGCGACCUUCAGCUACUUUGUGUUGGUAAUGGGUGUUUGGCGUGUCUGCCAGCACUUUGCUUUCUACAGUGUUCGUCCAAGACCAAGUCGUCUUCUCUUAC